GUGCAACACGCAUAUAUAUCGCAUCUGACAUGUCGGAGACAUCUGGAAAGUAGAAACCAUAAUUAUGGCAUCGGGAAAGUCGGGUUCCGGGGUUAAGCCCAAAUGGCCCAGCAGGGAAGCUCACCUUAGCACUGGAAGUGAAAGUGAUGUGAAUCUGACAGUGCAUUCCAAUCCCCCGUUACAAUCGUCCACCAAAAAGUCCCCUUCAUCAAGACCCCAGGAGCAGCAGACGCAACAGGUGGUGCAGCACAGGCCACAAGUGGCACCACCCAGUAACAGACCUAAGAAAGAGAUCACCUUUGACAACUGGAACCCAAUGGAGGAGGAUUACAAUGACAAAUCGUUCAAUAGCUACAACAGGGGGCCUGCAGCUGGAAUCAGUGGAACGAACUCCAGCCGUCCAGGAAAGACGAGGGGCAAGUUCUCCCUAUUCGUGGGCAAUAUACCAACGGAAAUGACAGAGGAAGGGCUUUCAAAUUUGUUCAGCCAUGUGUGUGAUAUUCAGCACGUUACGGUCUGCAGACCCAGAGAUGAAAAUAGCGACACGACCUUUGGAUUUGUAGAGGUGCCCUCUAUCAAAGAUGGCGAGGAGGCAAUAAAGAGACUGGAUGCCCACGUCAUCAGAAACAGACGCUUGAAGGUUUCAUUCAAGCGGGAGAAAUCCACGGCACCGAUCGAGGUGCCAAACGCCAAGAGCGACUCCCCCGAGGAAUGGGAUCCUCCGAACCCAGGAGGCAAACCCAUAAAGAUGACCUUGCCAGGAAAACAGAGCGUACCCUCUGGCAAGAGAAGAUCCACCAGUUCUGGGAAGACGUCUUCGAGCAAUUCUGAGGCGGAUGACGGUGGAAGUAAAGCAACCAGGAAGCCAGCACAGCCCCGUAGAUUGGAAGAUCGCUACGGCUCUUCCUUAAAACCCAAAUCCUCAGGAGAAGAGUCGGUGAAUAAGAGUCCAAGAGGCCCUGCCCGCAACCAACAGAAGAGUCCCCAGCAAGCACAGGAGCCACCGCCGGUUGAUAACAAGCUUACUCAUAGUCCUCUUCAGGCUCUGCUUCAGAAGAUGAGAAGCCCCAACAAGAGCAGUCCGGAGACCGACGGCGUCCAGCCUGGAGGCCAAAAUGUCGCAGGGGUCAAGAGUUCACCCGGGGUCAAGGGUCAGGCAGGGAGGGGUAUCGGGAGAGAGAUUGAUUUUGACAAGUCUGUGGAGGCAACUCCUGGCAGCGGCACGAGACAGUCGCUAGCAGAGAAGCUUCACCAGGCCGGAAUUAUGCCAAAGAGUCAACCCCUGGAUAGUUCUCACACCAAUUCCAACUUGACUGGCAAGACUGAACAGGAAGGAGUGAAGAGCCAUCCAGCUAUAAGUAAAACAGCUCCAAAGCCUCUCUUGCCUCUUCCUGUCAAGGCAGUUGAUAAUCAGGCUUUCAACAACUCGGCGGGAAACGAGUCUGACCUACAGGAGAGAGGACAGGGCGAUAACCCCUCAAGAAGUCUGGUCGCCAAGCAUAACCCACAGGAUGGAUUACUUGGUCGGGCACCUGGUCUCUUGUCGCAGCCGUACGGCCAAGCGAAAAGUCCGAGUCACUGCCCUGAGUGUUCAGCUCGUGAGCACCAUGAAAGCGACAGGCAUGGAUUCCACUCGUGCCAUCACCACCACCAUCUGCCUCAGCACCAUCAUCACCAUCAUGGACCCCAGCCAAGGUUCCCCUGCUCACUCUGCGAGGGGAGCUUAGAGGAAGACGAGCCCUGUCAAGUGUGUCAUCACCACCCCCUGCCCAAGCCCCACCGGCCGCUGAUGCACCCACAGUACCACCCAGGUCCUCGCUAUGGUCCAGACCCAUCUUAUGGACCGAGACCCCCUUACGGUGGUUACUAUCCAUACGGUAGGGGUCCAGCACACCCUCUGCCGCCUGACUAUCCAAUGCAACAUGGCUAUUAUGAAGGCAGGGACAUGUAUCAGAUGGGAUACCCCCAAGCCAAUUUGGGAUCAGCAGGGUACAGAAACAGCCGUUUCGUGGCCGGUAGGUCCAAACACCCUCCGAGUUACUUCCCACCCAAAUCGCCAAACGUUCAUUCUGCCCCUGUGGAUGGUCCUGGCGAUCAGACUACAAAGCAGCUGCCAAAGUCAUCCUCGGAAACCAAAAAGAACUCCACUGGUAAAGGUAUAGCCAGUGAACCAAAAGAGCCAAUAGGGAAGGCCUCCACAGCUAAAGUAGAUGAACCGGCAGCCGCAGAACUGGGACUUUCUACCAACAAGCAGUUUCCAGGGAAAAACCCAGCAGCAGAACAUUCUCAGAAGGCGCCACCAACUGCCCAAGCAAAUCAAGAGGGACAGCCUGCCGCCGCUGAGAAAUCCCCUGCUGGAAAGUCAACGGCCACUGGUGGAGAAGGUCAGAGGUCAUUGCACAAAGAAAGCAAACAAGGCCAACGGGGGUCAUUAGAUCCUAAGCCAUGUGUACACUGUGGCACACCAGGUCUGCUUCGCUGUAGUAAUUGCAAGUGCACAUACUGCUCCAAAGAAUGCCAGAAGGACAACUGGCCGACCCACAAGCAUCAGUGUCACAAGGUCAACAGCAGCAAAGGAUCCUCUACCGCUUCCAGCGUAGUGAGUGUUGAUUCCUUUCCGACCAAACAGCCUAGAAAGUCCACAGAACUUCUUCACGGUGGGACGGAGGGGCAGUUUAUGGCCCGCAACUUGCCGUACGAGACCCCCGAAAAUCCAGAGAUGAGGGUUCUUGUGACUGAAGUUGUUGACCCCAGUGAACUCUGGGUACAGCUAGUGCAGGAACGCAGCAUGGAAGGCUUCUCUAACAUUGUUGAGAUGCUUCACAGCGUCUACACAGACCCUGCCCAGGCCGCACAGCUCAGUUACAAAGCAAUGGUUGGCGGAGUUUGUGCCGUCCCGUACUCGCAGGACGGCCACUGGUACCGUGCCGAGGUGGUGUCCGUCAACGAUGCCAUGUGCACCGUUCGUCUGAUUGAUUUCGGGAACAUGGACGUCGUGGCUGUCGACAGCCUGCGUAGACUGCAGGAUGCCAUGCUCAAGUUGCCCAAACAGGCCCUGAAGUGCUUCCUGAGUGACAUCAAGCCCCCGCAGGGAACAUGGUCCCCAGAAGCCACCCAGAUGCUCAAGUCACUGAUCAACAAGGAUGAGGACUGCACCAGGGCAAAGUUCAGAGGUCAGGGUGCAAAAGGUCAAGAGAUUGAGCUGUACAGUGCGGAGGAUGACACAAAGACUCUUUCAUCAAUCCUGAUCUCCGCUGGUCUAGCAGAAGCAAUCAGCAGCUCCGUCCCGAGCAAACCAACCAGUGACCCAGUGACGGUGACCCCUGACCCCUCCCCUAGCCUGGGCUGGGUCUUGGAUAGCCUAGCAGUAGGUAGUCACCUGGAUGUCAUCGUGAGUCAUGUGGAUAGCCCAGGCUGCUUCUGUGCCUACCUGUUUGAGAGCGCUCUGGCCUUGCUGGAAUUGCAGCAGGAGAUGAAUGCGCACUAUGCUGGGGUGCCACCGAAAGCUGGAUUCAGACCUGGUAAAGAUGUACUCUGUGCUGCUAAGUACAAUGUAGAUGAUAACUGGUAUAGAGCAAUCAUCGUCGAACCAGCUAGUCCUCCCCUCAACACACUGCAGAUCACUUUCAUUGAUCACGGCAACAGCGAGACGAUCAACCUGGAUGACUGCCGCCCUCUAGAGGCACAAUUUUUUACGCUCCCCAGACAGGCCAUCCCGUGCGGCCUGGCCGGCGUCCAGCCCAACGUGUCCGAUUGGCCGGAAGAGAUGACGGCCGCUUUCAAGGAAUGGUUGGCAGAUGGCCAGGCCAGGGUCGGGAUCAAGGCUAAAAGCGACAGCCAACUCCAAGUGGAGAUCUUCCUGCCUCAUCGGGAAGACGACCCAGGUACGGGCAUCUCAUUCAAUGCCUUGCUGCAGCAUUCCGGCUUCGGCAACGACGAGGAGGCGGGCGUGGACAAGAAGUCGAACGAUCCAGUCUCGGCAAAUGAGAUGCCUACCUCGGCCAAGGAAGCAGUCGUUGACGAUACGAGGAGGGGCUUGCCUGUCACCGAGCCUCCACAGGGCGAGGUCCAUGGGUUUGUGACCGUCGUGAACGACCCCGGCGAUUUCUACUUGCAGGUUGACAGUGACCAGAACAGGGAGGCUUUCCAGUCUCUGUCGGAGCACCUCAACACAAGAUACGCGUUGCAGGACUUUGCUCCGUACAAACCAAGCAUUGGGGAAUACUGUGCCGUCAUUUACUCCGAUGAUGCAUGGUACAGGGCCCUGGUUGUGGACAAGGUGGCCCCGGAAUCAGCAUUCAAAGUCUUACUGGUCGACUACGGAGAAGUGGGGGUUCUCCCAGCCGACAAAAUCAGACAACUCGAGGACAGAUUCUACAAGCAGCCAGCGAUGGCCCUACAUUGUAGUUUGACGUGUGUGAUGGCGCCCUCUAGUAACGCCGGAACGUGGAACGAAGCAGCAACAAAACAUUUCAAAGAGAAGGCGUUGAACCAGUUGUGCCAAGUCAUUGUUGUGAAAUGUGAGGAUGGCAAGUGUGACGUUGAGCUCCUGUAUCCAGGCAAAAACAUGAAUGAGCUGCCAUCGGUCAAGAGAGAUCUUAUCCAAAAGGGUUGGGCAGUGCCUAAGGGCGCCCCAUCAUCCAAUCAGGUCCAUGCAAGUGGAUCAGGUGAUCGCCAGGUAGCCAAUCCAAAUGCUGCAACCAAGGGGAGUACUGGAGUGGGUAGGUCUCCCACUCCGCCACCAACCAAUCCCACCGUGCCUCACUCGCCAUCGACCAAUCAGAGUGUCUGUUCUUUGCCGGCGCCAAAAGUACCCGCAGAAGACUUCUUCGGGUUGGUCACCGUGGUAAGUGAUCGCGGCGAUGUGUACAUUCAGGUUAUGAGUGAGGAAAACGCAGAGGCCACGGAGUCGUUAACUCUCAACCUGUACGAACAUUAUAGUCAGGCGCCGCAGCGCCCUCUCAAGGCCAACAUUGGCGAGUUCUGCGCGGUCAAAUACAGAGAGGACGACUCGUGGUGCAGGGGGAAAGUUGUGGGCUGCUUGACCCAGGAUUCUACCUUGGAGGUCCUGUUUGUGGAUUAUGGCAACACGGAAAUUGUUUCCUCGGAAGAUGUCAUGAAACUUCAGGAGAAGUUCUUGGGGAUUCCCAUAUGUGCCCUCCGAUGCCGCUUGAAUGGUGUAACAGCGCCCUCUACAGGUGUCGUAUGGCCGAGCGAGGCAGUAAAUUUUCUCAAAAAAGAGAUCCUUGAGAAAGCCUGCAAGGUUCACGUUUGCAAGAACGAUGGGGAGGUUUGUCAGGUGGAGCUUCAGUACUCCAAUGAUGAUGUCAGCUGGUUCUCCGUCAACAAGGAGCUAAUCGACAGGGGAUUGGCUAAGCCAAUCACAACCCAGAGCCACUCCCCUGGACCGUCAGGUGAUCACCCCUUGGCCAAUCAGGAGCAGCUUAACAAAAGCCAUCCCGUGUUGACCAAUGAGAGUGUGCCCCAGCUGCAAGCACAAGCAGCUCAAAACCCAAGCAGUGGUGUCCAAGAAGCGUCGGCCAAUCAGAGAGCAGAUGUGAGGUCAGGUGGUCAAGUAGAGGCGGCACCAGCCAAUAAGCUCCUUGAUAGCGAGCCGCCUCCGGCAGAGUUCACAGGAGUCCUGACCAGCGUGAACCACCCCUGCGACUUCUACCUGCAGAUCAAGAACGAGGACUACAUCCAGCUCAGCCAGCUGCUGCGAGAGGAACUCAACCAGCACUAUCCACGCAAGGACGAGCCCCCUCACGUGCCGAGAGUCGGAAAGCUGUGCGCCGCCAUGUACAGCGCUGACGAGGAGUGGUACAGGGCCCUGGCCCUGGUGGAGGUGGCCCCUAAACAAGCGUUCAAGGUCAUGUUUGUGGACUACGGCAAUUGCGAGGUGGUGCCCUUGGACCGACUGCAGAAGUUGGAGGGCAUCUUUCUUGAAGUGCCACGCCUCUCGCACCACUGCUGUUUGAGCGGUGUGAUGGCGCCCUCUGGGGAUGACCACAGACAACAGUCUGCAGAGGCAGCGCUGUUCAUUGUAACCGAGCUGAUCGAGAAGGGCAAGGAUUGCCGGGUCAAGUUGAUGAAACACGAUGCGAAAAUGUGUGAGGUGGAGCUUCAUUACUCCAGUGAUGACGGCACGCAGAGCUACAAUCUGAAGGAGGAGUUAAUCCGACGGGGAUUGGCCAGGCCUGCUGCUAUGGCAACUGCUCAAAACAAAGAGAACCGCCUGCUUGCAAGAACUCUGCAGAGGGCAACCCUGCCAACCGACGCCAACAUUGCCGUCACAGUGACAGAUGUAGUGAGCCCUCAAGAGUUCUACUGCCAGAUGAUCAUUAGAGAAGAAAUUGACAAGCUGAAGUCCCUGAUGGAAGACAUCGCAGCAGCGGCUGGGAAUCGACGCCUGACGGCCCCUCCUGCCAUCGGCGAUCUGUGCUUGGCCAAGUUCACAGAAGACGAUGUUUGGUACCGGGCUGAAAUCCUCAAGAUCAACCAGGCCAAGCAGCGAGCUCUUGUUUAUUACGUCGACUUCGGUAACAAGGAGCCGUUGCCUUGGUCGCGACUGCUGACCGUCGACAGCAAAUUUGCCAAGCUGCCCAUGCAGGCAAUACGAUGCGGAUUUCAAGGUGUGUCACCGGACACGGCGGCUGAUGAGAAGACUAGAUUGGCCCUGCGGAAUCUGAUGACAGACCACACGAAUGCCAAGCGCAUGCUUACAAGGAUGUGCGGUAUGUCAGGGAACGGGACGACGUCCCUGGUCACGUUGGUCGACGAAGAAAGCGGCACGGACAUCGCUCAGCUUGUUAAAGAUCAUGCCAUGGCAGGGGCCAGCCCCGGCCCGACAACCAAGAGCCCACUGCCCGUCUCUGCCACCUCUCCCGCUGGCCCAGUGGUAUCACCCAAGGCCGCGACCUCUGACCCCGCCAAGCGGGAAGCCCUGAAGCGAGAGAUGGAGUUGAAGAAGAGGCAGUUGGAGGAACAGAUUGAAGCCCAGCGACGCGAGCUGGCGGAGGUUGAACAAUUGAGGGCUAGUCUAGAGCAGGGUCUCUGAAAAAAACCAACAUGUCUUCUCCAGGGUCAGUUGAGUGUUAAAAAGUCGAAUUCCAGAAAACUGCUGCAUAUUUUUGUUCUCAGUUAGUUAGAAUGUUGAAACUAGUAGUAGGAGAAAUCAGAGAUUUCAAAAUUUGGUUAUCCUUUUUUUUCCCAAACUGAAUCAAAAAGAACACACAAAAAAAAUACGAGAGCUAUAAUUGGGUUCCUACCGAAUUGAAUUUUAAAAAUAAUACAAGAAAACAAGUUUUCAUAAUUUUUUCUUUCAAUUAUUUCAAGAAGCUGCAUUUUGAAAAAAAAAAACAGUUAAUUGUUGUUUCAAACUGUUGAUUUGAGAAGAAAGAGUUGAAUUUCUGAUAACUUUUCGUUUAUAUACUUUCAGGACAUCUCUCAAAUCUUUUUUUUUGGCAUGGAUGUUCGUAGCCUUUAAAAAAACAAACAUUUGACUCAAAGAUCUGUUUUUAUUGGCUAAAGGCUAGCCAGUCAUAUAGAAUUUCAAAACUACGAACUAUCAAAAGAUCGAUAUUUCAUUUCAGUUCUUUUUUUGUGUAUUAGUUCUCAGGGUUUGAGAGACUUACAAAAGGGAAUUUAAUUUGAUUCCUUUGUUGAGCUCCAAAUUUGAAAAAUAGUGUAAUGCAGUAGCUUAUCUUGUAGGCAUUUAUUCUUUUAAGAUUAGUACUUAGCUUUUUGUAACUAACUUCUUUUUUUCUGGUUGAAGUAGAUAAGGCCCAGAUAGAAUUACUUCUGCUUCCGGUUCAUACCUGAAAGGCCCUAUUUUUUGUUGGGCAGUUUCCCUGCAAGACUAACGACACUAGCGUUAUGCGUUUAAUGGUGUGCACAACUUAAAUUCUCCAUUUUGGUCCACAAAAUGAAUUUUUACAAAUCAACAAUUUACCGGUAGUCUUACUUUUUUCUCAUUGUCUUACUGUCCUGUACUGAAACAACAAUGAAUCACUGAAAGCAGAGAAGUAAACCAAAGCACCCCCCCCC